AUGAACAAAAAUGCUAAUGAAACUUAUUUUGAUAAAGGUGUUGUCAGUGGUCAGUUGAAACUUUCAGACAUAACCCCACUAGGGGAUUGGAUGAUUGAAGCCAUCUCCCAAGGCCUAACCGAGACCAAAACAAUCCAAGUGGCUGAAUACGUUCUUCCGAAAUUUGAGGUCAAGGUCAUUUUACCGCCCUACUUCCACCUGAUCGAACAGUUUCCGAGCAAGCAAGAUAACCUUCUCAUCACCAUCACUGCCAUUUACACAUAUGGGAAGCCAGUAAAAGGAUCGGCGAUGGUUAGCUUGGAAUUGGAAAGUUAUUAUGCAGAAGGAAAACCUAGAAUCACAAAAAAUUUGAUGGUAGGUUGUGCUUUUGGGGAGUUUAUUUUAUUUGGAAAUUUGACAGACGGAAAAGCAGAUUUGAAGAUGACGGUAGCAGAACUUUCAUCACUAGCUCCGCAACCACCCCAAUCCUGGUUUACUCUCGACAACCAAGUCCUGAAUGUAUCAGUCGACGUUACGGAAACCGCAACAGGGAUUGUUCUGUCGGGAGUAGGUUCCGUUGAGAUUGUAUCCCAACGAUAUCUCGUGAAGUUUCUAGAUGUUACACCGAAGAAUUUCAAACCCGGAUUCAAAUACUUUGCUUAUGUGCAACUAACCCAAAAAGAUGAAUCGGAGCCAAAGUUGGCGGACAUCCAAGACGCCAGUGGAAACUUCAAAAACCUGACGGUUAAAAUCACCCUGACAAACACCAUUCCAGCACCUACUCCAGUUAUGGAAGAUAUCAACGACAAUGAGGUGGUGCUUGCAAUCAAACCCAAGAUCUUCAGGCCUUUUAUUGAACAAGGCUCAACAACGACCCAUGUAGAAAUCAAAAAUGUUUCGUUGACCCAAAAUGGUUUUGUUCUUUUCAGCGUUGAAACUGAGGCCUUGACAACCAGUAUUUCUUUGGAGGUGUCAUUUUACGAUAGCUUAUCAAACACAACGUCAAUCGGAUACACGUCGGCCAAUAAUUUUCAGAGUAGAGAUGGGAAGUUGAUUCAGAUAAGUCUCAUUGACCCCAACCAAGUUGUCAAGUCAUCUCAAACCUUGAGAUUCCACGUUAACUCCAGCGAGCCCAUCAAAUCAUUUCAAUACCAACUCCUGGGCAAAGGGGGGAUCCAGUACUCCAAUGUGUUAUCGACGAAUUCCGCUAAAAAGUUGCACACACUAUCAGUCAAAAUAACAGCGGAACUGGCGUCAUUGUUAGCUCCAGAAGCCAGAGUCGUCGUCUUCUACGUUACCACCACUGGCGAACUAGUGGCCGACAGUCUGGCUCUAUCCGUUGUGGAUUACUUUUCCAAUAAGGUGUCGCUAUCGUUCAGCAAAAACAGCACAGAACCAGGUAAGGCAGUUGUUUUGAGGGUCAACUCCUCACCACAUUCCUACGUUUCGCUGCUGGCUGUUGACCAAAGUGUUCUGCUGCUGAGUAGUAUUCAGAAUGAAAUCAACAGACAAAUUGUCUUCAACGACCUCGGCAAAUAUGCCCAUGGUGACGGAUACGUCGCUCCGGAUCUCUGGUUCCGGAGAAUGUGGUGCCCCAUUUGGCUGGGUGGUGUUUCCACUCAAUCUUUACUCGAGAACGCUGGCUUAUUCGUCUUAACCAACUAUUUUAUCAAAGAGCAGGACAGGUUUAUAUUUUUCAGAGAUAGACCAAUGAUGAGGAUGAUGAUGGCUAAAGGACAACCGGAAGUGCUAGAUUCAUCACCAUCCUCAUCUUCGACAUCCCCAAAACCAAGGAAGGAUUUCCCGGAAACGUGGAUAUGGAGUGAUGUCGUUUCCGACGAUGAUGGUAAAAUCUCGAUAAAGUACACUGUGCCUGAUACGAUCACUUCUUGGGUGGCUACUGCAUUUGCUACAAGCGACACCGCUGGUUUGGGCGUCUUUGACAAUCCUGCAAAAGUCACAAUCUUCAACUACCUCGACCAAGACGUUGAUGCAAGUGUAUCCUUACCAAAAUCAUCGUAUUACAAAGUUAGCGAGUGUGCGAAGAAUGUCGUUUCCAAUGUUAGCACGUACCCCGUCGUCAAGAUUGUGAAGGUGAAGAAGAAUGACGUAGCAACGUUGUAUUUCUGGAUUGUUCCAACUGCUCUCGGCCAGGUCUCCAUUCAAGUGAAAGCAACAACGCCACUGGCCGGCGAUGCGGUCAUUAUGAAUCUCCUCGUUAAGCCUGAGGGAGCCGCCCAAUCCUACAGCACCUCUUCCCUCAUACGCAUGCCAUCCAACGACCCAUCCAAGUUGACCUUUGACGUGACCCUGCCCCCGGCUAAUAUCCUCGUUGAGGGAUCUGUCGUUAUUGAAGCUACCGUUAUUGGCGACAUCCUUGGUACCAGCAUAAAAAACCUGGAUGGCCUCUUGCAAAUGCCAUACGGGUGUGGGGAGCAGAACCUUCUAACCAUGGCUCCAGAUGUCUACAUCCUCAUCUACCUGACCCUCAGUAACCAGCUGACUUCUGAGAUCGAGAACAAGGCCAAAGGUUUUAUACUCCAAGGUUACCAGAAAGAAUUAACUUAUCAAAGAUUUGAUGGAUCUUUCAGCGCGUUCGGCAACAGUGAUCCAGCCGGUAGCAUUUGGCUCAGCUCCAUGGUGAUCAAAGUAUUCAGACAGGCACAUGACUACAUCCCGAUAGAUGACGCUAAAAUAGCCCAGACGCUGAACUUCAUCAUUCCACUGCAGGCCGCAGAUGGGUCUUUUGCGGAGCCUCCACUUGGCAGGGUCAUCCAUACGGAUAUGCAGGGUGGGUCUGGAUCGGGUGUGGCCUUGACAGCCUACGUCUUGAUCGCCCUUCUUCAUAAUAAGAACGUACCCUUAUCUGGUUCUACGACCUUACAAGCAAGCAUUCAGCUGGCAGUGACAUAUUUAGAGGGGAAAUAUUCAUCCCUAGCUACGAAUUCUUACGCACUGUCGAUCAUAGCGUAUGCCUUCUAUCUGUCUGGCAGUUCCCAUCUGGAUUCCGUCUUAAUGCUUCUCGAUCAAACUUCUGUGUCUGAAGAAAAUUAUGAUAGGCGAUUGAGAUCUCUUUGCAUUCCAACCCGCCCACAGAGCUCCACCAUCGAGACAGCUGCCUACGUUCCCGGGGUGUAUGCCAACCGCGGCGAUCUCUCCAGAAGUCCUCCCGUAGCUAAGUGGCUGAUCAAACAGAGGAACAGCAAUGGCGGAUUUAGCUCUACGCAGGACACAGUACUUGGAUUAGAAGCCCUGGCAAUGUUUGCCCGCAUGGUCAACCCGCAGCCCUCCUCCUCAUCAGCUGGCCUCAGUGUCUACGUCACUCAAGAUGGGGAUAAUGAGUAUUUCAACUUCACGACCAUCACACGUUUCAAUGCACUCUUACUGCAGUCGACACAAAUGAACGUUAAAUACAACGUUAAACUGGCAUAUGAUGAUAAAAAAAUUACACAAAAGUUGUCCGUCGAAAAUAAUGACAACCGGCUAACAUUGAAAAUCUGCAUCAGGUUUGAACAUUCAGUCGGUCAGCCACUCAUUCAAAUUAUCAUCAAAAAAAAUCUCGCCCGACGUAAAAUUCAAGAAAAUCCCAACAGUUGGACAGGAAAUGGAUCGAGUGGGAUGGUUUUGACGGAAGUGAACAUGUUAACCGGAUACGUCCCGAUAGAUGGAUACGUCGAAAAUCUGCAAACUCAGAUAGGGGCUGGGUUUAAGAGGGCUGAGUUUAAUAAGGGGCAACUGGCAAUCUACCUAGACGAGCUCACAAAGAAAGAAAUAUGCUUCAAAGUGAGCAUGACUGCCAACCAAAUUGUGAACGGUGUCAAGGCGGCUCUUGUUAAAACUUACAGAUACUACGAACCAAAAAAUACAUGUUCCCCUACAUAUGAAUAA